UCUUAUCAAAAAUAGGUGAAGUCUAUUUGGCAUGUAUUUAGUGAUGAUACGCCAACAGAUUUAAACAAUAUUGCUAAGAAUGAAGAAACAAGUGCUAUUUUUCACAUAUUACUUUCUAGUAUGGAAUCCAGUAUCUAGUCAAUAUAAUGCAGGAAGUAGUGUAGCGCCAGAACUUAGAGAAUGUUAUAAUAAUACCGCAUUGCCUGGUAUAACUGUGGCAAAUGUAAGACCUCCUUCAUCAUUGAACUUAUUGAUUGAGUAUAUUAGAAAAUUGGAAGAUGCAAAUCCUACGAUGAAUGCGAGGCAAUUAUCAGUACAAAUAAUUCAAAGAUUGCGUCAAGAUGGAAUAGCCUGGAUAAACCGGAUAGUUGACGAAACACUAGCAAUACCAUAUGCAGCCAGUCGCGUAGAAUCACACAAGUUCCAAAGUUUAGUUGUACAGCUUUUACCUGUUCCUGAAACAUCUUUGCAAUAUGGAGAAUUAAAUGCCAUACAAAAAUGUUCCCUCCACUACAUGAUAUCUAAUACAAUUGAUGACUACAAAAGACUAAACGAACAAUCAGAAUGUGCUAGAUCAGCUAGAUACACUUCAAGAUCACGCAGAAAGCGUGAUGGGGAAGAAGAAGAAUCAAAUCCUGACGCGGAACCUAUACCAAAUACCUUUGGAGUUGGUGGAGUUAUUGAACAACUGUCUAGUAAUACUAGUCAGUGUCCUAUUGAAUUGGGUGUUACGUACUCUCAGUUUGGAGCUAUCAAAACCGGAGAUGUGCUUGCUGGAAUUGCUGCUGGUUUGAACCAACAAACUGUCAAUAAUGUGGUUGAUAAUAGAUAUGCUGCUACUCUCGUGGGUGAAUUGGCCGAAGCUGCAGCAUACCAAGUACAACCUAAUAUAUCUCUUGGUGCUUCUGGAGGAUGGAACAGUACAAUCAAUCCGAAAUAUUUCUUCUUGCAAAGCAAUAACAAUUUACAAGCAACCGACGCUGAGCUUCGAGGUGCUCUUGACGGAUUGUACAUGGCAUUAAGAAUGGAUUCCUGGACUAGUACAUUCACUGAUUUAAAAAUAUCGCAAAUUAUUGACAUGUACUAUUCGCCUUAUGAGAAAGGGGUGUUAGAAGAUUCUUUAAAAGCUUGCAAUAGAAACAUACUUUUCACCGAGUUAGUAUCACAGGAUACGUUAAACGAUCAGUUGCUUAGUUUUAUGCCGUAUCUUCCCACAGGAGCUAUUUCAGGAUUAACUUUUGUUAAUAAUUCUUAUUCUACUUUAUCCGCAUCAGCAAUACCAGCGUUAAACUCUUAUUUGCCCAGUUUAGCCACUUCGGAUUUCUCUUGCACUGGAAACCAGUAUAUUAAUAGGGUUGCUACUGAUUUACAUAUAUUUAUCGAUUCUAGUUGGACGUAUGCUACAGUUCAAUCAAUUUUAUCGUAUAUAUUAAAUAACAUCGACGUAAACAAAUUUGGAACAAGAUAUUCUAUAUACGGAGGAAGCACUUUGAAUAAUACAGUAAAUCAGACCUACUACCUGUCUGAUUUUUAUCUACAAUACAACCAAUCGGUACACAGCAACGAAACAACUGGUUUCGAUUAUAUCAGCAUAUUUCAGAAGAUAGAAGCAAUAGGAAAUGGUCAACUUAAUAAUAACUCUUAUGCUGGUGGAGAGUCAACCAUAGUUUUAUUUGUAACUCGUACAGCGCCAAAUUCCGAGCAACAAAACUAUAUAUCUGGCAGAAGACCGGUUAUAAAUCAGUAUUUACCACAUUUGAGUUUUCUUGUGAUCGGAAGUGGCUCCCAAGGUGAUUACAGUACAGUUGUGUCAAAUACCGAAAGAGACGUUGUUAUAAUCCAGGAAACGACAAUUGAGGAACAAUUAAAAACAUACGGACAGGAUGUCGUUAGUACUAUAAAAAGUAUACCUAGGGCUGUAAUUAAUCCAUCAUGUACGUCCCAGUAUAAUGGAGGAACCAGCACAUUUACCUUAACACAAUAUGUUGAGCCGCAGGGCACCAAUUAUUAUCGGAUUUCUCCUAAUUAUUUCCAUUACGGCGGAGACAACAGAUAUUUAAAAGUUCGCGAACAGAGUAAUGGUAAUAUAAACAUUUGUCUAUCCAGAGACAAUACUAAGCCAGAUAAUCAGAGUAGUACUUGUGAAAAUAUCAGUGGAUCAGAAUAUUCCGUCGAUAUCACAGGCUAUUGUGGUGGUAGUUCUGCUAGUUCAUGUUCCCCUAUAUAUUUAUCUAUUUCCGGAGUCAGUUCUACCGCCAGAUGUACCGAUUCUCUGUGUCGGUUUCCCAAUGAUAUCAAAUUCACGGUUACUCUGGAAAAUACUGGAUGCACUGGAAGAUCGAUAGCCUUCACUUCAAGUCCGCUCUUAAUCGUUUUCUUGUGUGUUUUAACAUACUUUUUAUCAGGAAAAUCUAUUUAAAACCUAUAGGGUUUCAUAUUAUUCCAUAUAAAUUAUUAUCUCACAUUCCUUCAGGUUUCAUUACAAUGUAAUCUAUAUAUUCAUACCAAACAAUAUAUUAAGUGCCUUUUUAUAACAGACAAAAUAUAAUUAACAACAUUAAAUCUAUUCGGUAUAUCAUCAUUUUUAUUUUGUUUAUCAUUGUAACAGUGUUAACCCUAUAACUUUAUUGAAUAAUGUCUAAAUUAGAAUUAAGAAUAAAUAGAAUAUUUCAUAAAUUUAUGUGGCAAAGAAUGAAUUGUACAAAAUAAUCAAUUUAAAAUAUCUUUUAAUAACCCUACUGAUGAUGCAGUUUCAUAUCACAAAGGUUGAAAAAAAUAUUUUCGUACAUUACAAGAAAUGCAAAAUUUUAUCUCGAACACUUUGCAUAAGUAUUAGAACUUCAUCCCUGAUAUAAAAUUAAGUGUCUAGUUAGAGUACAGUGGUUAAUAGUGUAUUUUUAAAAUUUUGAACGCUAUGUCUUGCUUUUUAUAUGUGUUUUUUACAAUUAUUACUCUUAAGUCAAAAGUUUUAUAUUGUGUUGUGUAUAUUUGUAUAUUUAUACAGUUAUUUUAUUUGUGUUCACAAUAAACCACCAAAUA